AUGUCAGAGACUGGCAAAUAUGACCAGAGUUCACACAGUCUCCUAGAUGUGCUGGCUGCCAGAAAGGACCCAGCAGGCCUGUCUGGAGAAGUGCUUAUAGAUGGCAUCCCACAACCUCCAAAUUUCAAGUGCAUCUCAGGAUAUGUUGUGCAGGAUGAUGUUGUCAUGGGCACAAUGACAGUGAGGGAGAACCUGCAGUUCUCUGCCGCUCUGCGACUCCCCAGCUCCAUCAGCUUUAAAGAGAAGGAAGAGCGAGUCACCCAAAUAAUCAGCGAGCUUGGAUUAAGCAAAGUGGCUGAUGCUAAGGUAGGAACUGAACUGAUCCGGGGAGUGUCUGGAGGGGAACGGAAGAGAACCAACAUUGGGAUGGAGCUCAUCACAGAGCCACCAGUCCUUUUUCUGGACGAGCCAACAACUGGCCUUGAUGCCAGCACAGCCAAUGCAGUCCUCAUCCUCUUAAAGAAGCUUUCAAAAAGAGGGCGAACCAUCAUAUUUUCUAUCCAUCAGCCCCGCUAUUCCAUAUUCAAGCUAUUUGACAGUCUGACGUUACUAGCUUUGGGAAAGGUGCUGUACCAUGGUCCUGCAAAGCAGGCCCUGGAGUACUUUAGUUCUAUUGGAUAUGAAUGUGAACCUUUCAACAAUCCAGCUGACUUCUUCCUUGAUAUCAUAAAUGGGGAUUCAACUGCUGUGGCAGCAAGCAAGGAAGAUCACAGACCUGUGGACACAGGAAAAGAGGUGAGCAGUGUGAGCAGUGAAAAUGGAGUGGCAGAAGAUAAUGUGGACAGCAGUGUGGUAGAUGUGCUGCACCAGAAAUAUCUCAACUCCAGCCUGUAUCAGAGCACAAAGGAAGCAUUGGGGAAAGUGGAACUUGGACGGGGAACCAAGCAGAGAGUAUCCAAGCAGGGACAUGAGAUUACCUAUGCAAAUGGUUUCCUCACCCAGCUGUACUGGGUGUCCAAGCGUUCCCUGAAAAACCUCAUCAGGAACCCACAGGCCUCUGUUGCACAGAUUGCAGUGACUGUAAUUCUAGCCUUGGUUGUGGGUGCUAUCUUUUUUGGUGUAAAAUUGGAUCGAAGCGGCAUUCAGAAUCGGGUUGGAUCCUUGUUUUUUGUCACCACAAACCAGUGUUUUUCCAGUGUCUCUGCAAUUGAGCUGUUCAUCAGAGACAAGAAACUAUUUGUCCAUCAGUACACCAGUGGAUAUUACCGUGUGUCUGCCUACUUCCUGGCCUUGAUGAUAGGAGAUCUGCUGCCCAUGAGAACAGCUCCAGCCAUCAUAUUCUCAUGUAUCAGUUACUGGAUGAUUGGAUACCAAGCUGUUGCAGGCCAGUUCUUUUUCUUCAUGCUGACCCUGGUACUGGUGUCCUACACUGCUACAGCCAUGUCUCUGGCUAUCAGUGCUGGGAUGGAUGUUGUGGCUGUGGCCAAUCUGCUCAUCACUAUUUGCUUUGUCCUGAUGCUUAUCUUUUCAGGUCUCUUGGUAAACCUUCCUUCUAUAAUGGGCUGGCUGAACUGGCUCAAGUACUUCAGCAUCCCUCGAUACGGCCUCACCGCUCUUCAGGUGAAUGAGUUCAGAGAUCUAUACUUCUGUGGUGAGCAGAAUCCAAAUGUUACAGCCUCUGUGGGAGAUGCAGGCAGUUGUCCGCCCUAUAUUUCAGGAGAAAUGUGUUCUGGUGAAGCAUACCUGUGCAGCCAAGGAAUCGCACCUACCAACUGGGCAAUGUGGGAAAACAUAGUGGCUCUUUUCUGCAUGACUGUUAUCUUCCUUGUCAUUGCCUAUGCAAAACUCCGGUUUAUGAGAAAGUUCACAUAGACUCCUGCGUUGCCUUGCUCUGCAGCUUCUCUGGUUUCUUAAAACUGCAAAGCUUGUUAGGGCCUACUGGAGAUUGCCAAAAGAUUUCAACUGACUUUACUGGAUUUCAGAUGGGAAUCCUGCCCCCUUGUUUCUGGAGCAUGAUCUCCAUGAUUGUAUGAUUUUGGUUUUGAAGAAGAAAUGCAUUAAUUAAUGUACGUUGCAUAAAUGUUUUUUUGUUAAGAGAAUAU